CUUUCAUCCUUGACUAUAUAAACAGAUCGCAAUAAUGACCUCCCUCAAAUGACCGCCACAAUGUCAAGCAAUGCAACUAUGGCUUCUAGCCAUACAUUCUCCCAAGUACGGGAAUGGAUAGGUAUCUUGGUAUUGUGUUCUGCAAUGCUUUUAACACAAUCUGGUUUAGCACAAACAGUGAUUCCUUUACCAUAUAUCGCCGAAACAUUCAAUGUACAAAAUUCACCAGGUCAUCAAAGUUGGUUCACUGCUGCUUAUUCACUUACAGUUGGUACAUUCGUCCUACCUUCUGGUCGUUUAGGUGAUAUGUACGGUCACGUAUUUAUGGUCAAGAUCGGAUUCGCAUGGUUUGCUAUUAUGGAAAUGAUUGCAGGUUUGAUUGGUCAAUUCAGUCCUUCUUUAGUCGGAUUCGAUGUCGUUCGUGGAUUGAUCGGAAUAGGACCUGCAAUACUAUUACCAAAUGCAAUAGCCGUUCUAGCCAGACUCAAUCCACCUGGAUCUUUAUCAAAGAUGAUCUCAUUUUGCAUCUAUGCAGCCACUGCUCCAAAUGGUUUCAUUCUUGGAGGUGUAUUCAGCGCACUCUUAUCUAGAAACCCAGACUUGGGAUGGUAUUGGAGUUUUUAUAUCUUUGCAAUCGUUCUUUUGGUCGUCUUUAUCGCAACGUUUUUCGUUAUUCCAUCCGACAAGAAGAUAGAAGAAAGGGUUGCUUCAUGGCCUGCAAAAGAAGAAUUAGAGGCUGAACAUAAAAGGCAUUUUGAUCCAAUCGGAACGCUUGUUGGCGUUUCAGGCUUGAUCUUGUUCAAUUUCGCUUGGAAUCAAGCUUUAGUAGUAGGAUGGCCGACUGUAUAUGUUUAUGUACUCCUAAUCGUUGGAGUGCUUCUUUUCGUCUUGUUUUUGUUCGUUGAAGGAAGAGUGAAGGAUCCUUUGGUGCCAUUAGAGGUAUUUCAACUUAAAACAAGUCUGGUUUUAGGAUGUAUUGCUUUAGGAUGGUCUUCUUUCGGUACAUUUGUCUUUUAUGGCGUUCGUUUCCUGGAAGAAUUACGACAUCAUUCACCUUUGACAACAGUAGCACAGUUCAUACCUUGUGGAGUAGCAGGCAUUCUUGCAGCAUUCGUUUCCGUAUUUUUAUUACAAAAGAUUAGUCCGGCAUGGGUAAUGUUAGGAGCAAUGUGUGCAUUUUGUGCAGGAAAUUCAUUGGUUGCCACAAUGCCGAUCGAUCAAAUUUAUUGGAUUCAAAUCUUUAUCGCAACAGCAAUCACACCUUUUGGUAUGGAUAUGAGCUUUCCAAGUGCAAGUAUUAUUAUUAGCGAUGCUUUACCACCUCAUAGACAAGGCACCGCUGGAAGUUUGGUAAACACGAUUGUGAAUUAUAGCAUAGCAUUCGGAUUGGGAAUUGCAGGAACGGUGGAAUUACAAGUCAAUCGGAAUAAUACAGACGUUGAACGUGGAAUACGAGGUGCACUUUAUGUUGGAAUAGGAUUGGCAGGAUUAGGAAUCGUUUGUGCUUUGACUUUAUUGUUUGUCGAUAAGACUAAAAAGCAAACACAAGAAUCCAAACAGGAAAAAGCUGUAGGAUCUGAUCAAGAAGAAGAUCAAGAAGGUUGAUCCGGCUUUGGUUGAUUAUGCAAGGGUUUUGUUUAUUUGUACGAAUAAAUUAUAGAUUAAAAAUGAUUAGAACAGUUGCCACUCAGUCCGGCUAUCAAAACCUCCACAAUGCCAU